UUGCAGAGCCGCCCGGGCACGGAGGGAGCUGCCCGGGGCCGUUGGCCGGGACCUUCGCCCCGGGAGAGGAGGCGGGCGGACCGGGUCCUCCCACUGUCGCGGAGGCGGCCCUGCCAUUGGCCGCGGGCGCUUUACCUGCGGGAGCCCGGCGUAAAGUCCGCGGCGCAGGUGGCCCGGGCGGCGCAGGUGGCCCCACGCCCUCGGCCAGGCAGGAUGCCCCUGGGGCGGCUCAGGAGGAAGAAGGCCAAGGGCAAGGAGGCCGCCCGGCUGGUGGGGGCCGAGCCGCCCACCGCGCCCGCGCCGCCCGCACCCCCCACGCCACCCGCGCUCGUUUUCCACGCGCAGCUGGCGCACGGCAGCGCCACGGGCCGCGUGCAGGGCUUCACCAGCGUCGCCGAGCUGUACGCGCAGAUCGGGGCCGCCUUCGACCUCCCGCCCUCCGAGAUCUUGUAUUGCACUUUAAACACACCUAAAAUUGACAUGCAGAGACUCCUAGGAGGGCAGCUAGGUCUUGAAGAUUUCAUAUUUGCCCAUGUGAAAGGACUAAAAAAAGAAGUGAAUGUGUAUAAAUCCGAGGAUUCACUUGGACUCACCAUUACAGAUAACGGUGUUGGCUGUGCUUUUAUCAAGAGAAUUAAAAGUGGUAGCAUUAUUGACUCAGUUAAGACAAUCUGUGUGGGAGAUCAUAUUGAAUCCAUAAACGGAGAAAAUAUAGUUGGACGCCGUCACUAUGAGGUUGCUAAGAAGUUAAAGGAAUUAAAAAAGGAGGAACUCUUUACUCUGAAGUUAAUAGAACCUAAGAAGGCAUUUGAAAUAGGACCAAGAUCAAAAGCUGGAAAGACGUCAGCAGAAAAUAUUGGUACUGCCAAAGGGACACUUCGUCUGAGGUCGAAAGGUCCUGCCACUGUGGAAGAAAUGCCUUCUGAAACCAAAGCAAAGGCGAUUGAAAAGAUUGAUGAUCUUCUUGAAUUGUAUAUGGGAAUUCGAGAUAUUGAUUUAGCUACCACAAUGUUUGAAACUGGGAAGGACAAAGGAAAUCCGGAUGAAUUUGCUGUCGCACUUGACGAGACUCUUGGAGACUUUGCAUUCCCGGACGAGUUCGUCUUUGAUGUUUGGGGAGCCGUCGGUGAUGCCAGACAGGGGUGAUUUUGACAUGGAUGGUCCAGCUCUGAAGAAAUGAACCAUUGUUCUUAAAAAAAACACAACUCCUUAAGAACUCCUUUAGACAACUUUAUGAACUCUGGUUUAAUUUUCUGUGUAUGGAAUACAUUCUUUGAAAUAUAAUUUUAAUUUCUGGAGGCUUCUUAAUGCAGUUGCUCAUGUGGUAUGGUUCAGAUAAAUUGCCUAAAGUAUCAGUUUUAAUAUUCAUUCAAAAGCCUUUAAAAGGAAAAUUUUCAACAAUUUUUUUUUUUUGUACCAGAGAUCGAACUCAGGACCUUGCGCCUGCUAGGCAGGUAUGGUGCCACUGAGCUAAAUCCCCAGCCCUAAAAGGAAAAUUUAAGGAGUAUUUCCACACAGAUGAUUUUGCUCCCCAUGAACACACCUGGGCUUUGUUUUCUACAUUAAGUAAUUGAUUGGAAUAGCUUUAUAAUUUUUUGUUUUUUGCAAAAUCUUAAUGUAAUAAAAAUUAGAAUUGGAGUAUGGUUUAUCUCAUAACAUCUUAAUUUUGUUAUAUUAGCUUGAGUAGAAUAUUUCAGAAAAAGAAAUAUGAAUUACACAUUUAUUAAAAAAGCAUUUUUUUUAAUCCACCGAGUAAGGAAAAGAGGAUUCCUUUGGCUUUUUUAAUGACAUAUGUUCUCUCUUUGUAAAAAAAAAAAAGAUCUGUUUUUUGUUUCUUUGUGAUUGCUCUUAAAACUUGUGAUUGAAAUCUGUUA